AUGAGCCUCUUGGCCGGGUGUGGUCAGGAAAGGCGUGAGGCCGCUUCCCUGCCAGGGGCCCGCGCGAUAGCACGCACCCGCUACGUGCGGAGGUGCCGCGCCGCUGCCGAGGAGAAUCGUGGCGAGCUGGAGGCCUGCGAGUGGGCUCUCUGGAGGCCUCGCCUGCUCUGGCUGCUCGGCGAGAUGUGGGCGCUCUUGCUGGAGAUGGCGCGGUCUUGCACGGACCGGGAGCGGGCGCUGGACGACAUCGCGGGCCGCGAGUGCCUCAGCGCGGUGAAGUCGCUCGCGCGCGCGGACGGGACGCUGCGCCGAUGGCUCCUGCGCGCGCACAGCGUCCCGUGGCCGACCUUUGUACACUUCGUUGGUUCCGUGCGCGCCGGGGCUGCCGAGCCUUGUGGGCCGACGAUGCCAAAGCAUGCCGUCCGCGCCCUGGCCUGGACCGAGCGUGCGGCGGGCGUCGGCCCGAACGCUCGGCUCGUCCGCUCGGCAGGUUGUGCCCCGCACGUCCGCGGGAGGCUAGGCAUGUAG